AUGGAGGCCGACUUAUUCGAGGCAAUCCCGCCCGCAGUCUCCUACCCCCCGGAAGGCCGAGUCAGCUUUCCCGCGAACCGCAGCACCGCAACCAGCCGUCCAAUCGGGGAAGAAGCGCCGUCAUUUGUUCCUGAUCAAGCCGCUGGGACUUACCCUCCGAAUGUAGAGGCGCGGGAUUCUCAACCUGAAACCGGCAGCAGCGCCGGCCAUUCUCGCCGGAGGCCGGUCCCGUACGAGUGUCUGCAGCCGGGCCACGUGUGCAGGCAGGAUACGUACGUGCAGCACCCGUGGGUGUUUCGCGACGAGGCAACCCACGAGCCGUUCGUUGUCGGCAAGAGAGCUUUGGCUUUUCCGCAGGAUUCGUCACGGAGCGAGAUGAUCAUCAAGCGUCCGGAGGUGCUUCCGUGGACAACGGCAUCGCACUAUCGGUUUCCGAUGGAAUUCAGAGGGUUCGUGGCUGCGUUGCUCCUCUGCUGCAACAGAACAACGAAGCAGCAGCACCCGCAGGUGAGACGAGACGAGCAGAUGUGA